AUGAUGGACAGCAGGAUACUGGAUCCACCUCAUGCCCAGUUCGGAGGCUCUCUCGGCGGGAUGGUGGGCUUUCCGUACCAUCUAAGCCACCAUCAUGUUUACGAAUUAGCCGGUCAUCAACUUCAAUCUGCGGCCGCAGUUCCUUUUUCAAUAGACGGAUUACUUAAUGGUUCCUGCACAGCUUCAGUGGUUAAUUCAAACCAGCUCUUGUCUGGCUGUGGUAUGAAUGGAGAUAACCAGCAGUACAAGCUGACAGAUUCGUGUGACCCAGACAAGGAUAGCCCUGGUUGUAAGAGACGACGAACUCGCACAAAUUUCACUGGUUGGCAACUGGAAGAAUUAGAAAAGGCUUUUAAUGAGAGUCACUAUCCGGACGUGUUCAUGAGGGAAGCACUGGCUCUGAGAUUGGACUUGAUAGAAUCGAGGGUACAGGUCUGGUUCCAAAACCGUAGAGCUAAGUGGAGGAAAAAAGAAAACACAAAGAAGGGUCCAGGGCGACCAGCUCACAACUCCCACCCAACAACAUGCAGCGGGGAGCCCAUGGACGCGGAAGAGAUCGCCAGGCGAGAACUGGAGAGGAUGGAGAAGAAGAAGAGGAAGCAGGAGCGAAGACUGUUGAGGUCCCAGAAUAAACUUUUGUCGGGGGACCUAUUUCACACCCCAGGAUCUGACAGUGACAGCGGAGUGUCACAAGUGACAGACAGUGAACAAAAUCCACACUGUGACUCUGUAGGCCGAAACCAAACCCAAUCGAGCUGUGACCAAACACCACAAACCCUCCAGAACCAAAGACACUUGAACCAAGAUGCUGGUGGAUCCGAGCUGGACUCGUCCGACAGCAGUCAACAGUCAAGCAUGUGCGCCAACAGCAGAGCCUCCACCCUUCAGAAACUGAACCCAUUCAGCGUAGAAAGCCUUCUAUCCGACUCCAGACCAAGGCGCAAACCGAACAUAGAUGGAUUUUCUGCCUUACCCUCCUCGCGGCCUUUGAUAGGGAAAGGACAUUUCUUACUCUAUCCUAUCACCCAGCCGCUUGGAUUCAUUGUUCCUCAGACUGCUUUGAAGACAACACCACCAGACUCAGAUACUGACAACUCCACACAAAGAACCCCAGUGAAUGACAGCAGCUUAUCUGCCAAUACUGGACAUAAAAACCACAAGGAGUCCAACAAUCUCGACGCGACAGCAAUCAAAGUGCAGGUCAACUUUACCGGGAAAAAUACUAGUUCCCCACAGAACAGCCCAGGCCAUGCUACCUUUUCCAGUAGCAACUGUAGUCAGCCUUCAGCCAGUUGUAGUGCAACAUAUUUCCAAGAUGAUGAUGAUUCAAAGUAUCUGCCAUUAGACAAAAAAGAGCAGUCUGUUAAAGACUACCCAGAGACUUCCGAGUCUGUGACAACCAACUGUCCACCAGAGACAAAGACAGAGACUCAAGAUGUCGGUAUGGAAUAA